UUCGACACGGUCUUCAUGCUUUACGUGAUACAUUACAACAAGAUAAAGAACUUAACACUUUUAAUUGUUCAAUUGGAAUAGUUGGUGUGGAUUAUAAAUUUAAAAUUAUAGAGGAAGAUGAAUUACAAAGAUUUUUAAAUUUAUUAGAGAAUGUUGUUGAUACUGAAGAUAUUCAAGAAGAAGAACAAGGUCAAGCUGCACCUAUGGAUACUGAAGAAGUAUGA